AUGGGCGCGCCGGACACAUCAUGGGUGUUCGCGGACCUCGCCGUCGCGGACAGCUCCAGGUACAGCACCCGCUCGCGGCUGCUGCUCACGGGGCUCUCCUUCGCCAUCGGCAUCCUCACCAUCCUCCUCUACCUCACCGUCUCCUACGCCUGCCGCCGCCGCCGUUGUCACCGUCAGGGCGGCGCGGACGCGGGUGCGGAUGCGGAGGACCAGGAGGCCGGCAUGAGCGACGCCGCGAUCGUGUACGAGCAGGCCGACGCGCUGGCCGCGCCCAUGGACUGCGCGGUGUGCCUCGGCCAGGUGGAGGCCGGCGAGAAGCUGCGUCGGCUCCCCAAGUGCGCGCAUCUAUUCCACGCCGACUGUGUCCACGCCUGGCUGCGCGCGCACUCCACCUGUCCCAUGUGCCGCGCCGGCACCACUGGCACCACCACGGCCACGACAGCGGCGGCGGAGGCGCCACCACCUGGCGUGGUUGCAGGCACGCCGCCUGCCUUAGAACGGAUGAAUUGA